AUGCUCGUCGACGAUUCAGUGUCGCAGCAUGCUGCCCUUGUUGAGGGAAUGAACAAGAUGGGUCCUGACACCCCACUGAUCAGCGUCAAGAAGGCAGGAAAGAAGCUCGAGGCGGUCGUCAAGGACCAUAUCGAUAAGCGGCAGCAGCCAGAAGGGAGCAGCAGUAGCGGCAGCGGCAGUGCGAAUGUAACCGCACUCCUCAAGGCAAUUGAAGACUUCAAUGAACGCAUAAUCCCCCUUUUCACCCAAUCGCUCGACCAGCAAGCCCAGAUAAAGCUCCUUCUGGCUGACCAACAAACCUACGUCCGUCAGCGCGACAAUCUCUCCAAGGAACGCGACGAGCUGCGCCAAAAGAACACCAAGCUGGAGACAGACAUGCAAAAAUCCGCACGCCAGCGUUCCGACGCGCUACAGCUCGCAGAAGACGCGAAGAAGAAGCUGGAGGAGGCAUACAAGUCUUCUACAGGCUGGAAGCAGAGGGCGGAAGAUAUGGAGAAGGAAAAAAAUCGGUUGGUGGAUAUUCUAGAGCGUCAAAAGCAAACAGCCCAAGAGCGAUUGAAGGUUCAGAAAAGCGAAAUAGCUUCACUGAAGCGGAAACUAGAAGACGCAGAACGGGAGCCCGCUCACGACGUUUCUCAUGGGAGCCAUACAUUGGGACACGAUCAGUCGAGAACUCAGCAAAGUAUUACAGUAUCAUCACCACCACAACCUUCUUUACGCCACAUCGAAAACCAACCACCAGAUACGUUGGAUUUCGUCGGAAUGCCUCCUCCAAAAUUUGGUUCCCAGUGGCAGAUUUCGAAACCUCACAACGGAGGGGGUUUCAAGAAGCUACGCCUGAACACAGAGACUUGCUUGCCACUGGAGUUGGAUAGCAAGAACCGACCAACGAAAGCGGUAGCACUAGGACCAAAGCAAACCGUGCGCGUAAGGCGAUGA